CAAAAACUAUCAACAGAAGUCUUAUCUCAGACCUUUUCUUACAAUUUUUUUGUUUUUAUUUUGGAAAAAACGUUCAGAGCAAAAUUCUAUUCGGUUUUAAGGUUCCUCGAAAAUAAGAAAACCCACUGAGAUAUAGAUGCAACAAUUGUGAAAAAAUAGAAAAAACGCUAACACUUAACAGACGUAUAAGAAGUACAAAGAAGAUGAGCUAUCAAGAUAUGUUCGGAUGCAAUUUCGAUUCACAAUCGGCUGGUCGAGGAAGCAACUUUGAGUUUCGGUUCUCUGGACCGGAAUCCAUUCCGAAUGCGGUAAGGCGUUAUAAUGCCAUGCGAGGUGCCGAAUUGGCUCAAAUGAAGCGGCAGCGGGAAAUGGGCAGAUCCCAUGUGCCCAGCAUGCCGCGAUUCUGUAAGGUUCGUCGUCCGGGUCAGGAUGUGACCAGCAUGGUGACCUCACGCGAUUUGGAUGUGGUUACCCAGCUGUCCCUCGAUUCCGAUCCCAUCUGCAAUGAUGAUAAUGAUAAUAAUGAUGACAAUGAUGAUGAAGAGUAUGUUGGUAGUGAGCCAAACGACUUUCAGUACCAAACAAAACCUUCGCCUCGUCUUUGUGGUGGUUCCGAAUCACCAAGAAUUGUAAAGAGUAAAUUCAAGGGUCGAAAAAAGCAGACUCGCACGAGCCGAAAGAAGAAUCAUCAUGGGCAGGUCAUGCAGCAGGGUCAUACCUACGAAAGAUUGGAGGAACUGCAUCGCGAGGUCUGCGCUGAGCUCCAGACAUUGGGAGAGUCUAAUCCAGUUAGUCCCGAUGCCACUCCGCGUCCCAAAAUGUUGGCCAAACAGCAAAGAACUCGGACGAAGAAGCAGAGGAAGACACAGGAUUCGUGGGUAGAUGUAGAUGGUUCGCCGGCCCAUCUGGGACAAGUAUCCUUCGAGGACUAUCAUAAGCCGCAGCCCAACUGGACGUACAUCCUGCCAUCGAAGAUGGCGUCGCAGGCGAUCAAGGUGAAUGUCUGCGAGGCGCAGAAUGCCAGUUCCCUUUCGGCGUACGAAUUCAUGGAGCAAUAUGGCACAGUGGAGCCAGAGCCAGUCGUGCCCUUCUUCCUUGAGGACAGCGAUCUGGAGCACGAGUAUGCGGAUCGUCAGGGCUAUAUGCGCUAUGUGGAGCCCAAGCCACAGUAUACGUCCAGUGAUUCCGAUGAGGAUCAUCGGGCCGGGAAUACCACGCACCCGGUUUUUGUGGAGAUGGAAAGGCGACCCCAUCGGCUCAGCUUGCUUAAGAGUCUUGCGCCCAUGAGAUACACAUCGCAGAAGUCGGAGGAGACACUACGCACCCAGGGUCAGGAAACCCAGGUGCCACCAUCGGAGCUGUCCAAUGCACCACCAGCAUCCAGGCGGGGCAACCAAAGGACGUCAGUAGUUGAUGCUGGUCCGAAGACUAGCAAGCCUCGCAGGACUAAUGUCUUGGCCACGGGCUAUCAAAAGAAUGCUCCCAAUCCAAGGACACGGCGCACCUUGAGAGCGGGUGGUGGAGAUGAGCCUGCUGCCGUGCCACAAAGCUCACAACAUCCAGCUAAUCCGCCGAAUCUUCCAAAUCCUCCGAAGGAAGUAGUAACCGCACCCGAAAGGCUAAACAGACGGCGCAAACCCAAACCCAUGGUGGUCUACAGCAAAUCCCUGGAGGAUCUAAAGUUCGAAAAGUUGGCCAUCUACAACAAGAUCACCCUGACCCAAGAGCGAAUCAUUAACGCGCUGGACAAGCUGCAGACCAGUCUGCUCCACCUUCAGGUGCCCAAUAGCAGUGCCCAGGAGCGGCAGAAACGCCAGCGAAAUGCUUUCGAGUUCUGCGUGCGCUUCUCGAGAAACUUCCUCUAUCCUUUGAAGGGAAUGAUCGACGAUGUGCGCUACACCACGGUGGCCAGCUUUAACAGUGCCACCUCCAACGAGGCCUGCCAGAGGGUCGUCUGUGUCUACGGCCUGAUGCAGCAGUCUAUUCAGACGUACCAAAGGCAACUACGCUACUUCCUGCUCGAGAAGGUGCCGCAGAAACUGAGCGCUCUCAUUGAGAUGAUCUACACGAUGACCAACUGUUGCCUGGACAAGGGCAUGCUGGAUCGCCAGGAUCCUGUCGUUGAGUGCCUGCAAGAACGGUGCACCCGAUUCCUUAGCUUCAUCGAGGACAUGCAGGAGGAGCGCUUCAAGUUGGCCCGCGAGGCGAUGCGGCGCCUACAGAAGGGUCACUCACAGGGUAAUAACCAUCAGAGUGUCCAGAAACAUAGCAAGAAGAGAUCCGCAAAGCCCCCGAGGGCACCCACUCAGCCCAGGCAGGAGAAGCUACGAUCGCACGAGCGGUACGAUCUCAAGAUGUGCCUGAAUGACCGGAAGCUCUACGAGCCGCGUCUGGUGCCCAAGGAGCGUCAGCAGCCGGAGAAGCGACCCCUACGAAUGCGUCGUCCCAGAAACACUCAAAAUGUAGCCACCACUCUAGGGAAUCCUGGUGAGCAUGCUAAUGGACAGAUAGAACAGCCCUGUGACAUGGAUAUGCAAUCCCUUGGACCCGACGAUAUGCAAACCCAGAUUCAGAUGACCGCCGAUGUUGGCACCAGCAGUUCGGUGAGCCUAAUGCCCACUGUGACUUAUCAGCGUGCUCACCCUUUCGAGGACGGCCAGGUGGAGAGAUCAAAGCCACCGUCCCGAGAUGAGCAACUGCGUCGCGUUUUGCUGGAUGCCUUUCACAUGGUAUCCCGUUCGCAGGUGAAACAGGUGCUUGAUCCACUCAUGCGAUCGCUGGGCGUUAUACUCGCUGAAAAGACAGCAAAGGCAGGAGGUGUACACCAGGAGCAGUAGAUCCUCCAAGCAUCGAUCAUUUUAUCCAUCUGGCUGUCGUCUAAAUUGCUCAUUUUCCAAAAUUGUUUAAUUAUUAUUCACUAGUUCCGCUUGUGUCGGUCAAAUGCGAGACUAAAUUGUUAAGUAUUGUUCGUGCAAAUAAAAUGCUAACUUCGAACG